CGGGCAGCCGUGUUAGCGAGUUACGAAUCCAACAUGCGCGUGAUGACCAAGCGACAAGGUUUCCUCCCCCACAAGGAAAAGGAAGGGGUAUGCUGUUAAAAUCCAACCACAGUUAUCCAACCGCAGAAACAUCAUCUUGGCCGGCCGAGUGACUUUCACCGGAGCUCUGGAAUCAGCUAUCGGAAAAUGGCAGCGAUCGAUCUGGAGAUGGUCCGACCCGAUUCGGAGAGAGAGGAGAGCUGUUCUGCAAAGCAGAUGAAGCAAAGCGGCGAAGGCCUGAGGCAAUACUAUAUGCAGCACAUCCACGAUUGCCAGCUUCAAGUACGCCAAAAGUCCCACAAUCUCAAUCGCCUCGAAGCUCAGCGCAACGAGCUCAAUUCUAAAGUGAGAAUGCUGAAGGAAGAAUUACAGCUGCUUCAAGAACCUGGGUCUUAUGUUGGUGAAGUUGUGAAAGUGAUGGGGAAAUCAAAAGUUUUAGUGAAAGUCCAUCCUGAAGGGAAAUAUGUGGUUGAUAUUGAUAAAAGCAUUGAUAUAACAAAGAUUACUCCAACUACCAGAGUUGCUCUUCGCAAUGAUAGUUAUGUUCUUCAUUUAGUUUUACCAAGCAAAGUGGAUCCUUUGGUCAACCUUAUGAAGGUUGAGAAGGUUCCUGACUCUACGUAUGAUAUGAUUGGUGGCCUUGAUCAGCAAAUCAAAGAGAUUAAGGAAGUCAUUGAGCUCCCCAUUAAACAUCCUGAGUUGUUUGAGAGUCUUGGGAUUGCUCAGCCAAAGGGAGUGUUGCUAUAUGGGCCUCCAGGAACAGGAAAAACACUGUUGGCUAGAGCAGUUGCACAUCAUACUGAUUGUACCUUCAUUAGGGUUUCUGGUUCUGAACUAGUGCAGAAAUAUAUCGGUGAAGGCUCUCGUAUGGUGAGAGAACUUUUUGUUAUGGCAAGAGAGCACGCUCCAUCUAUUAUAUUUAUGGACGAAAUAGAUAGCAUCGGAUCUGCUAGAAUGGAAUCAGGGAGUGGCAAUGGUGACAGUGAGGUGCAGCGCACAAUGUUGGAGCUUCUUAACCAGCUCGAUGGAUUUGAAGCAUCAAACAAGAUUAAGGUAUUGAUGGCUACAAACCGUAUAGAUAUUCUUGAUCAAGCACUUCUCCGCCCAGGUAGAAUUGAUCGAAAAAUUGAGUUUCCAAAUCCGAAUGAAGAGUCUCGCUGGGAUAUCCUCAAGAUUCAUUCAAGGAAAAUGAACUUGAUGCGUGGCAUCGACUUAAAGAAGAUCGCAGAGAAAAUGAAUGGUGCUUCAGGAGCUGAACUUAAGGCUGUGUGCACAGAAGCAGGGAUGUUUGCUCUGAGGGAAAGGAGGGUCCACGUGACGCAAGAAGAUUUUGAGAUGGCUGUUGCCAAGGUGAUGAAGAAAGACACGGAGAAAAACAUGUCUCUGCGCAAGCUGUGGAAGUAAUACGCCCCCCGAAAUCCCUUCAUCUUGUGAUUUUCUGGUCAGUUUUAUGGAGUUUGAAAUUUCCUCUUUGGAUUCUCAACAAUAUGACAGGCACCAACUCUGUGUUGUAUUUGUGAUUGCUUUUUCUCUCUUUAACUCAUGUAAAAAUUUUAAUGAGCUUAUGCAAGGAUAAAUUUGAGACAUUCUCUUUUGCCAUCUUUUUUUUUGGGGAACAAUGUCUAAAAAGAGAAAGGAUGAAUCUUCUCUCUAAAAGUAAAAGAUUUGUCCCUAA